AUGGAUCACAACAAUCCAGCUCCAACCUCAAGCAUCACAGCACCGACAAAGAGCGGCUUUCAUCAAGCAGCGUCUUUCGUUGAACGCGCGCUUAGUUUCCGCUCCAACACUCAGCGGUCAACUUCUUCUUCUUCUGUUCCGGGGCAAGAGGCUUCUUCCUCAGCACAGCACAAACCUGCAAGACCAGCAAUUGGCGCUCCACUGGAAGCAGCUGAUCUGAAGGAGAUGGAAAGUUUCCCGAACAUCACCCAAGACCAAAUCGAGCGCUUGCUUCCCGGGGAGGAGUUGGAGCAGGCCAGACAAUGGAUACUGGCGGCACUGCAAGAGAUGCAUUUGAAUUAUGAUCUUGAUCCGAAGCUGCUAGGUGAACGGAACGAAGUGAAUAAGGGUCAUGCUUUGCUUGCGCUUCUUCUUUCCAGGAUUAUCGUUCAAGCGACAGAAGCAGGCGAAGGGCAUGAGCGAGGGGAAGGCCACCUCUCGGGCGCUGUACCUGAUCAAGAAUCCAGCUCGAAACCCAAUGCCGCUUCAUCCGACCAAAGUGCAAAACCAAAAUCAGCGGUAGCAGCCCCAACAAGAGCAUACGAAACACACGACCUACUCAAAGCAAUCGACAAAAAAGACGUCGAAACUAUCCUCGCCAUUCGCGAUGCAAACUUCGACCUCCUUCUCGAUCUCUCCCAGGGCGGUGGGCCCACCGCUAAGAACACCCCAGCGGCAUCACAAGCAGGUGGAUCAACCAACACUCCCCUAGGCUACGCCAUCUCCCUCGGCAAAGGGUGGGAAAGUAUAUCCAUCGUCCUCAUCGGUGCUCUUUCUAAGUUCGUCAACCAACUCCCUGAUGAUGAAUACGAAUUCGAAAACGCCCCUUCGAACACUAUUGGGUCUACGCUUGUCAAAGUCAAAAAGCCAAAAAAACUUCAACUCGACCCACGGAUAAUGGCACGUCUACGCAAGAUUCGGGUCAAUUUGAAGCUUGCUAUUGAUCAUAGCAUUUUCCAGGACCAAACGAGUCUAUUGGCUUCGUAUUUGCAAGUGUUGGUGAUGUCGGAAGGUUCACCAUUCUUGCAUGCUGCGAUUGAAGAUGUUGCGCAUUGCCUGGGGGUCAGGUUUGGGUUGAAUAGUGAUGGAGGAGCAGAUCCGGUUGUGAGGGCGAGAGGACAGGUGAUGCAGUUCGUUAGUGAGAGUUUGAAGCAUAAGAGUGAUAAAGUGGCUACGGUGAAGGAUUACAUUGCGAAUGCUGUGGGGGAUUUACUUCUAAUGGCGAUCUGGGAGAGGGUGCGCCUCAGUAAAGGGCAGUUAGAGAGGGUAAAGGAGGGGUUGGGUGAAGGGGAAACGGGCGAGGUUGGGGAUUUGGCGAAUCCACUACCGAUGUAUUUCUUUGCUAGGGAUGAUAGAGUGGCAAGUCAUUACGUGGCGAGGAUUGGGAAGUUGCAGCAUGUGAGUGAUGGGCUAAGUGGUGGGGGAAAGGGACCUCCGGCGGGGUUGGUGAAAUUGGGGAUGAAGGUGGCAGAAGCUUUGCAGGAGGGGGCUAGGAGGAAGACUAGUUAUGAGAGGUUGGAGUUGAUUGGGGGGGUGUUGAGUGGUGCGGCGGGGAAGAAGAGUUCAAAAUCAUGA